CUCCGUUUACCGUUCGUGGCCGAAAGUGAACUAAGAAUAUCAAUUACUUGGACAAAAGACGGAUUUUCCUCACUUUCGGUAGCUUCAAGUGUCCUUAGGAAUGGUACUCUUGUCCUUAUUAAUAUCAAAAAAUCUCACCAAGGAUCCUACACCUGUAAGGCGACAAAUGCUCUUUCAACAAUAGAAGCUACCGUAAAAAUCAAAUCCUCAGUUGCUUUUUCCUGUUCUGUAAUAAGAAGAUACGUCAGCAGUGUAAGCAGGAAUUAUGUCAUUGAUCCAGACGGCGAGGGAGGCCUGGCACCAUUUACUGUAUUUUGUGAUAUGGCUGACAAGAAUGGU